UCGUAUUCCUCUUAUCCUGAGGAACCUCAGACUGUGAGGGACGGUGCCGUCCUUCCAACAGAUAAGAGGUUUUCCUGUGUUGAAUGCGGAAAGUGUUUCCAUUCUAAAUGCAAUCUUGAUGUGCAUAAAAGAUCUCACACAGGUGAGAAGCCAUAUUCCUGUCCUGAGUGUGGAAAAUGUUUUGUACAAAAAUCUGAUCUUGUCACACAUCAGCGAUCUCACACAGGGGAGAAGCCGUAUUCCUGUGCUGAGUGUGGAAAAUGUUUUUCAGACAAGUCCAAUCUUUACAAACACCAGAGAUCUCACACGGGGGAGAAGCCGUAUUCCUGUCCUGAGUGUGGGAAAUGUUUUUCACGGAAAUCUUAUCUUUACACACAUCAGAGAUCUCACACGGGGGAGAAACCAUAUACCUGUAUUGAGUGCGGGAAAUGUUUUUUACAGAAAUCAAGUCUUUCCAUACAUCAGAGAUCUCACACAGGCGAGAAGCCAUAUUCCUGUAUUGAGUGUGGGAAAUGUUUUUCACGGAAGUCCCAUCUUUACACACAUCAGAGAUUUCACACGGGGGAGAAGCCAUUUUCCUGUCCUCAGUGUGGGAAAUGUUUUUCACAGAAGUCAGAUCUCUACAGACAUCAGAGAUCUCACACAGGACAGAAGCCUUAUUCCUGUCCUGAGUGCGGGAAAUGUUUUUCAGCGAAGUCCAAUCUUUACAAACAUCAGAGGUUUCACACGGGGGAGAAGCCGUAUUCCUGUCCCGAGUGUGGGAAAUGUUUUUCACAGAAGACCCAUCUUUACACACAUCAGAGAUCUCACACAGGGGAGAAGCUGCAUUCCUGUCCUGAGUGCGGGAAAUUUUUUUCGCGGAAGUCCGGUCUUUACACACAUCAGAGAUCUCACACAGGACAGAAGCCUUAUUCCUGUCCUGAGUGUGGGAGAUGUUUUUCAGUGAAGUCCAAUUUUGACACACAUAAGAGAUCUCAUACGGGGGAGAAGCCGCAUUCCUGUCCUGAGUGCGGGAAAUGUUUUUCAGCGAAGUCAAAUCUUUCCAGACAUCGGAGAUCUCACACAGGGGAGAAGCCGGUUUCCUGUCAUGAGUGA